AACAGGACAACUGCCGUCAAUCCCACAUUCCUGCAAACAAUGUCGUUCUCAACAAGCAAGAUGUCGCUAUGUGUGGCAGUCAUAGUUAACAUGUUGUGCCUAGUCACUGGUCAAUACAAAGUGACAAUCUUUCCGGAUUUCGUCCUCAAAGGAGGACGGAAGAUGUUUGAUCCUGAUCGCUGGAACAGCAAGAUGGGGUUGGAUAAUUCAGAUAUCAUCCAGUACGUGGAGAAAACUGGUGCCAGGGCUGGCCGCUGGAACAAAGGAGAUAUUGGAGCCUUUGAGAAGGCACCAGAAGAUCCUCACAGGAAGGGUUAUGCUAAUCCAACUUACUUCCGGAAUACGAACUUCCAGCAGAACAUAGCUGCCAAGUAUUCUGCCAACAGAGAUGGAUACGGACGUACCCCGGGGAAGGGAAUCAUGAUGGAUCUUAGAGCCGAUGCCUGGCCACACUGGAUGGACACAUCUCAACACAAAGGCCACUUCCCUAACAACGUGGAUGCCGCUGCUGAUAUGGCUGCCAUGUUGCUGAAGGCCGUCCAUGAUGGAAGCAAGGGUGACACACCGCCAUACUUUGAACCUGUCAACGAAGUCGACUCUAUGUGGAAAUACAACGUUAACUGGACACAGAUUACUGACUACCACAAGUCCGUCAAUGCGAAAGUCAAGGCAACUUUACCUCAUGUUAAAGUUGGAGGUCCUGCAUAUUCCGGUGGUAUUUCAGGUGUGGACAAACACGAUUUCAAGGUUUGGGAAAAUCUCAAGGAGUUUUUGGACAUGGCUGUCAAACACCUCGACUUCAUCUCGUUCCACCCUUUCUGUAAUUUGCACAUCGCAGGAGAAUCCCACUACUUCGAGGGUCCUAAUGAAGCCCGCUUUGUAGGGCUAAUAGAUCUAAUUGAAAGCUAUGCCCAUUCGAAAAUAGGUAAGGAGAUUCCCAUCAUCAUUUCAGCCUAUGGUUUGGCUUCGACCUCGGGUGUGAAUAUGCAGAAGCCUAACCCACUGAUAGAUUAUGGCUAUGUGUACCUGCACAAUGCAGAAAUGUUUACCAUGCUGAAUCAUCGUGGAGUGGUCGACAGAGCUGUGGCGUUCCUUGUCGGGCAUCAAGAAAGUUUGGGGCAAGCCAGCAUUGAUUACAGUCUCUUGGACCACAACAACCACGAGAGAACCACAGCCGAUGCGUUUCAUUUCUGGCAGGUGCUUUCAAAUCGCAUGACGUAUCUGCGAACAGACAGUCAAUUCCAUGGAGCUGAGAGACUCGUGGCAUCGCAUGCUUUAGUGGAUCCAACUUCAAAGAGGGUUGUACUUCUUCUGCAUAACUUUGACACGCACCCGACCCAGGUCAAGGUCCAGUUUGAUCACGGAUGGAUGAAUCCGUCUACGGCAGUGAUGUCCUGUGUCCACUUGAACUCCCAGAAGGUUACAGUACGGGACAAGGAAUCAAGCGUCCACCUCAACAACGGAGUCGUCACCCUGCCGACUGAGGCAAGCUGCUAUCUUAAAUUCCAAUCUGCCUUCAACUUUGCUCACAGCAAGACGAUUACGGAAACUGUCCACUACGGACAAGAUGUUGCAAAACCAAUACACACCAACGUUGUCACCACCAACAUCAAUCUUGGCCAUGUGAGCAAUAUCCAGUACGCGUAUCUGCGAGUCUGCAUCAGCCUCAGUGAUAAGACUGGCAAUCCAAAACCAACAUCGGUGCAGCUUAACGGCAAUUCCCUCAACUCAUUUUACUUCCUACAUCGGCAAAACAACGGUAAUCACGACACCAUAUGGAUGACGAUGCAAUAUCUAGUUCCGGCCUCGUUCCUAAAACAGAACCAGAACGAGGCUAAGUUCCACUUUGCCCAAUCAGGAGGGCGGAUGUCAAGUGUCGCUGUGGUCGCCGGAACUCUCUGAUAAGACAGUCGGUAUAUGGACAUUCGCGUAAAUAAAGAAUACAAUGCACUCUA